AUGUUACUUCCCAAAUCUCGUCUUCUCCUUCUCACCACAUUCCUCGUCCUGACAGCCAUCCUCUACUACACCCUCGACCUGACCACACUUUCCUCCAACAUUCUCACACAUAACCCCUUCUCUUCCACUCCCAAACCUGAGAAUCUUGGAGCUAUACUACAUCCGGAUGAGCAUAUAUACCGGGAGCCAAAAACUAUCAAGCAUGUUUGGACUAUCACGAAGGGACUUCGGAGUCCGGAUGGAGUAGAGAAGUCUGUUUAUUUGAUAAAUGGUUCGUUUCCUCGAACUUUUCUUUUGUGAAUAGAGUGAUAUAGUGACAUAAAAGUAGGACAAUUUCCAGGUCCUUUGAUUGAAGCCAGGUCUGGGGAUGAGCUUAUUAUCGAGGUUAGGAAUGGGGUGAGGGAUGAGGGAGUCGCGAUGCAUUGGCAUGGUCUUUGGAUGAAAGGUCUCUCUCUCUCUCUUCAUUUCUUUCAAGUUUAAUCCUAACGAUUUUCAAAGGUGCAAACGAAAUGGAUGGUGUUGUUGGCUUAACUCAAUGUCCCAUCAAAACAUCCAAAAGCUUCACAUAUAAAUUCAAGAUCGAUGAUGAUCAAGCUGGGACUUUCUGGUAACUCAGCAUCUCAUCAAACCCCUCUUCAAAAACAGAAUUGAUAUUGUAUAGGUACCACGCCCAUUCCGAACUCCAACGUGCAGACGGUAUGUACGGUAGUCUGGUCAUCCACAAACCAGCCACCUCCGGCAUUUCUGAGAAAAAGGAAUACGGCUAUGACGACGACAUAAACUUGCUUAUUGGGGACUGGUAUCAUCGACCAAGCCACGAGGUCCAGGAUUAUUACAAGGACUUCUCGAAUGCUGGGAAUGAGGUAUCAAAUCCUAGCAGAAAACUUGAAAGAAAUAUAGCUGACUAUGGAAAGCUGGCUCCUGACUCGCUUGUUAUCAACGGAAAGGGGUAUUUCAAUUGUUCCAUGGCAGUUCCUGCUCGUCCAGUGCGAUGUAAACAUGUCGCCAUCCCACAGCUGAACCUUGGGAAGGGGAAGACUAGAUUACGUAUUGUGAAUACUGGGUAAUUCGAAACAGAAACAAACUAUGAAAGAAAAAAGAGAAAUGACUGACAAAUUUCUAGUGCAAUGGUUGGAUACACGAUAUCGUUGAUAGGAUACACCAUGAAAGUAAUCCAAGUCGACGGUGGCUCACCAGUCUCCGAUGCACCAAAUGCACUAUCAAUAGGGAUCCUCUAUCCUGGAGAGAGAAUGGAUAUACUCAUUGAGCCUUCAUCCACAUUCGAUUCACAAACCGCAGCUCUAAGAAUAGAAUUCGACCCAGAGUAAGUCCCUCUCCUCAACUACCUAUUCCAACCAACCUAACAGUCUCUCAGAAACCUCCAAUUCCCCAACUUCGCCCUCUCCGAAGCACAAUCCUUCCCAAUAACCACCAACCUCACCACCUUCUCACCUCCAACUGCACCAAAACCCACCCAAACACCAACACCAACACCACUCUUCGACCUCCUCAACGCAACAGGACCCCCCCUAAACCUCCCCAAAUCAGCCGACGAAAACCUAGUUCUAUACACCAAAAUCGAGAUCCUAGGCGAGUACAACAACGCCCCCAAAGGCUUCAUAAACCAAACCACCUGGUCACAACCGCAUUCCCGUCCCUUAAUCACAGUAAAUAGGAGUGAGUGGGGGGAAGCAUUCAUCCCAUUCGUGAAAAGCGGGAGGGAGCGGUGGGUAGACAUAGUACUAAACAACUUCGACGACAGAGGUCACCCAUUCCAUCUCGUUCGUCCUAUACCCACUCUACCCCCCCCCCUAUUUNCCCCCCCCCCUAUUUCAACACUCACUGACACCUCCUCCAGCACGGCACCCCCUUCCACCACCUCACCACCCACGCCUUCGGAAUCGGCGGCUACGCCGAAUCAUACAACCCCUUCGGCGCGCUCCCCACCCCCGCGCCGUCACUAAACACCGCAAACCCGGUACGGAAAGAUACCCUCUUCGUGCCGAGCAUGGGGUACGUCGUGCUACGGGUGCGAGUGGAUAACCCUGGAGUGUGGUUUUUUCACUGCCAUGUGCUUUGGCAUCAGGAUGUGGGGAUGGCGAUGGGGCUUCAUUUUGGGGAGGAGGAGGAGGGGUUUGGGAGGGGGAAGGAUGGAGAGGGGUGUUGA